GGAGAGAAAAAAAACCCUCCUAACCCAAAGCCUCCCUCAGUCCUUCUCCCUUCCAACCCUAAUUUCCCCUAUCCGCCGCCCCCCUCUUUCCUCAUAGAUCAUCAAUCUAAUCCAGUUGCUCCAUAAUCCCAACUCCUCCUUCACCUGACACCGUUGACCACACUUCAACUCCACCAAACUUUCCUUUUUUUCUGCGUACAAGAAUCUUGGGUACUGGCUUGAACUUUGGGCGUGCCCGCAGAGACGAUUGCUUCCACGCGCCGGUCAGGUCUCACCGCUCAUUCCAAGGCGCUGUUGACAGUAAUAGGCUCCGCAGAGCUCAUAGUGAUGUAUCGUUGAGCCGGUCGUCCGUUUGGGAUAAAUCUGCAGAUUCGGUUCGGGAGCUCGAGAAUUGUACGAGUUUGAAGGGUGUUGCGGUGCCGUCAUGUGAGGUUGCCGAGAAUAUCAAUGAAUAGCAAGGAGCAGUGAGUUUCUCAUCCAUCAAGAAAGGAUUAUGAUGAGUUAUCUAAAAGUGAAAAGAGGAAAGAAAUUUUCGGUGCCGAAUCAAUUUGGGCUUCCAAAUAUUUGGGCCUUUAUUGGGCUAGGUUGAGUUUGUUUUAAGGCCCGUUAAGCCAUCACCGAACUGGACCAUUAAGGGUUCUCCUCCUCCUCCUUGUUACUCUCUGCUACUGCGGCUAGCUGCUGCCACCACCAUUCUACACACACACCACUUUCUUCUUUCGUUUGAUUUCGAGUUUCAAAAUGAUUUCAGCUAUUUCGUGGAUACCGAUAGGUGCUUCGAAGGCGGAACCCACCGUAGUUGAACCUCCUUCCAAGGAAGAAAUUCAAGAUAUAAUCACCGCCGCCGCCGCCGCCAGUGGAGAAGACAGUGAAAAUGAGGAAGAAGCAAGUGAUGAACGCAUGGAUGAUGCCGAUGGCGCCGUCGAUGAAGUUGCGCGAGCACUCAAUGUUGCUGAUGCUCUCGGGAAGGCUGAUAAAUUGGACGAUAUUGCCCUCGGUUUGAAGGAGCUUGACAUGGAACAUUACGAUGAUGAAGAUGAAGGAGUUGAGGUAUUUAGUUCCGGGAUUGGUGAUCUUUAUUAUCCAAGUAACGACCUGGAUCCUUAUAUUAAAGAUAAGAACGAUGAUGAUGACUCCGAGGAACUCGAAGACAUGAUCAUUAAUCCAACUGAUUCUGUCAUUGUUUGUGCUCGUACUGAGGACGAUCUCAGUCUUCUCGAGGUUCAUAUACUUGAGGAUGUCGGUACUAGUGAGAUGAACAUGUAUGUCCAUCAUGAUAUCAUAAUUCCUGCAUUUCCACUAUCCACAGCUUGGCUUGACUGCCUUCAAGGAAGAGAGAAAGGAAACUUCUUAGCUGUUGGUUCAAUGGAACCGUCAAUAGAAAUUUGGGACCUUGAUGUUAUUGAUGCAGUGCAGCCAUGCAUGGUUUUAGGUGGCAUUUCAGAGAAAAAGAAGGGGAAGAAGAAAUCAAUCAAAUAUAAAGAUGACAGUCACACUGACUCUGUACUUGGUCUUGCCUGGAACAAAGCGUUCAGGAAUAUACUUGCUAGUGCCAGUGCUGACAAGCGAGUCAAGAUUUGGGAUGUGGCUACUGGGAAGUGUGAGAGUACAAUGGAGCAUCACUCAGACAAGGUUCAAGCAGUUGCCUGGAAUCAUCGUGAACCAAAAAUUCUUCUUAGUGGUUCAUUUGAUCAUACUGUGGUCCUGAGGGAUGGAAGGAUGCCAUCUCAUCCUGGUUAUAAGUGGUCAGUCACAGCUGAUGUCGAGAGCUUGGCCUGGGAUCCACACACUGAGCACUAUUUUGUGGUGAGUCUCGAGGAUGGUACUGUCAAGUGUUUUGAUGUUCGGACCGCAAAGUCUGAAUCCACAUCUGAUCUAAGUUCUACAUUUACUCUUCAUGCACAUGACAAAGCUGUUACCUCAGUAUCCUAUAACGUCUCAGCACCUAAUCUACUUGCUACUGGAUCGAUGGACAAAACGGUAAAGCUUUGGGAUUUAUCGAACAACCAACCAUCUGUUGUGGCAUCUAAAAACUCCAAUGCUGGAGCUGUAUUUUCUAUUUCGUUCUCAGAGGACAACCCCUUUGUGUUGGCUAUAGGAGGCUCAGAGGGAAAAUUGCAAGUUUGGGACACUUUAUCUGAGUCUGCUGUCUCUCGGCGUUAUGAAAAUUACAACAAGAAUAGAACUCGGUCGUGAUAUAAUUGAGCAUAAUAGUCUUCCUGGUCUCCCCUUCAUAUGUUACUGGUAGGCUAGAAGUAUUUAAGUUAGAUACAGUUGUUGCGAAACAGGUUGAAAGCAAUAUAUUAAGGAUGGUAGAUAUAUAGAGUUUGAUAGCAUGUUCUCUCUCAUAAUUCAUGUAUUUAGCAUCCUUAUAAGUUUUGACUGAACAAUUGUUCUACAGCUUGGAUCAUUGAGUGUUUCAAUUUUUUGCCUUUGUAAUAUAAUUGCAGUCAUGCGCUUGUGAAGAACGAGUUGCAGCGUCUUCUGUAAUCGAACUUGUGUGCCAAACUGCCAACGUUGUUCUCAACUGUUUAUUACAAUGGUAAAUUAGAUUGGUAAAGCAAACGAGUUGUUUGUUUUAAUUUUCUUAAAAUUGAUUUUGAAAUACUACGUGGGUG